AUGGGUGUCGCCUGUUCAAAGCAUGAUGCCACGGCCCACGGAAGUAAUCCCCACCAACACCCGUACAACGACCAUCUCGGGGCAACGCAAGCCAACGGCGGUAGUUUGUCUAGCUGUAUGGGUUGUUCAGGGAUGGAUCCUGCCGUCGAUCCUCGAAUGGAUUCUUGUCGUGCGGAUGCGAUUGAUCCGGUCAUGUACGAUUUGUGUCGCAAGUCCUUGAACAUGACUCUGCAUGACGAGGAAACCAAAAAGAAGGAACGACAGGAAUCGGCACCACCAACGCCGUCGCAGUCGUCAGCGGCCGCCUCGUCGCAUUCAAGCAGCAAACAGAAACACCAUCGCCACCACCAGCAGCAACGGCAGCGUGUUGGACAAUACCACCUACUCUACAAGAAUCAAACCAAAGCUGCCGCUGCCGCGGCGACGUCCCCUACCACCCAUUCGCAAUCACAAGCCGCUGAUGCCGCCGAAAAUUCACUCGAUGACAUUAGUACCGUACCCACAAUCAGUCCUUACAGUACCCGUCUCAUUGUGCGUCGAAGACCCAUCGCUGCCGCAGAAGAAGGAACUCAUGGAACACACCUUUAUGCUAUUCGCUAUCCACCCGAUGAUGUUGCCCCCACAAACAAAAUUGGAUCUGGCACUCCUUCGGAACCCACGCGUCUCCAAGAACAGGCACCGUCCAAACAACGGGAGCGCAAAAAAAGAGGAAGCGACCCCGCUACGGAACCCAUUCCUGAACCACCUCGUCCCUCGCCCAAUUCUGGCGCGCCUCUGCCAACGGAAGGAUUGACCGAUUUCUUUCAACCAUCUCGCAUGAAGCAGUCCAAAACCUCUCGACAGACGACAGUCCAAGAAUGGGUUACUGUUUCAGAAGAGCAUUGUAUUUAUGUGGUGGACGUAGGCCUCACACCCGCUCAAUGUGACAAGAUUGUAGCCGUCACCGAGCAGGUUUGUCGAGGGCAAUAUGCAGCUUACACUUAUGCCAAACAAACUCUGGGGUGCCGCGAAUUCCCUGUCCUCGCUCAGGCUUGUGCGCCGCCGGUCCAAUCCGUCGUCCAGGCCAUUUUGGGAUUGCCGUCGUCAAAUGGAAAAGGACGGAAGGAUGGAUCUCCGCAACAAAACUUACAGCUGGACGAUCGAGAACCGCACUUGGUCAAGUACGACGUGACCAAAAAGGAACGACAAAAAUUGGACAUGCACACUGACAAGAGUGAAUGGACGUUUCUGAUUGCACUUUCGAAUGGAUGCGGGUUGGACUAUGACGGAGGCGGAACCUACUUUGAAUGUUUGAAUGCGACCAUUCAUGUCCAGCGAGGACACGCCCUGAUUUUCCCUGGAAAGCUGCGGCACUGUGGACAGCGAAUCACUCGGGGAUUGCGCUACUUGUUGGUGGGAUUCUUAGUGGACAAAGCUCACCUGGUGACGAGCAGCACAACCGCCGCUGCCGGGAGCAGCUCCGCAGGCACAUCGGCUAGUGGUGUCAUCAAGGGAGGAACCAGCGGCAAGGAUAACGAUACUGACGAGGAUAACAAGAAAAGCAACAAUAACGGCGGCAACUCGACCUCAGCCACCAUGCCAGUCUCCGCAAAAUCGUUGACUACUGGACUUCCCACGACCAUCGCCAAUGUCUAA